AUGACGUCACGGGUCGAGGAGUGCAACGAAAAUGGCGUUUGUUUUGGUUUUCAAAUCCGUUUUAAAGCGACGCAAAAAACUCUUCUUUUUGAUCCUUUCUGUUGUCGUCUUUUCGCUCGUUUUGGUCGUCAAACACUUCAACGCAAACCACUUCCCGCCGAACGUGAGUCUCUGUCCCGAACUCUGCCCCCAAUAACCCCCUUUCCGCCGCAGAUCCACAGACGACCGCUUCUGGCCGAACGCGUCGUGUCUUCGCCGCCGCUCUCAGACCACAACCGACCGUUCGUUCCGGCGCUGCGAGUCGUGCACUUGGACCUGAAGGGGGCGCCACCGCUGCCGCGCUUCUACACCCACUUGUUCCCGCUUUUGGCCGCUUUGGGCGCGAACGCGCUUCUCGUCGAGUAUGAAGACAUGGUAACCAUAGAUACGCAUAUCUCGCGUCACGUGACACUCUCUUCCCCGCAGUUCCCCUUCUCGGGCGCCGUGGCGGGCGUUCGCGCGCUCAACGCGUACUCGGAGGCGGAGGUGCGCCGUCUGGUGGCCGCGGCGGCCGAACACGGCCUGGAAGUGAUUCCUCUGGUGCAGACGUUCGGCCACUUGGAGUUCGCGCUCAAAGUGGAGGAGUUCGCUCAUUUAAGGGAAGUGCCGCCAUUACCACAAGCGCUGUGCCCGUCCAACAACGCGUCGCUCCCAUUGGUGCGCGAGAUGGCCAAUCAGGUGAUGCGCCUCCAUCCCAAGGCGCGCUUCCUCCACAUCGGCUGCGACGAAGUGUUCCAACUCGGCGUCUGCGCAGAGUGUCGGCAGCGCGACCGCGACCGCCUCUUCCUCCAACACGGCAAGUUGCACGCGGUGGCCGAGCACGUGGUGCGCGCGCACGGCGUCAUCCCGAUCGUGUGGGACGACAUGUUGCGCCAGAUGUCGGUGGACGUGAUCCGGGAGUCGGGAUUGGCGGCGCUCGGCGUUGAGCUCAUGCUGUGGUCGUACGUCAAAGACAUCUACCGUUUCAUUCCUUCGCAACAAUUCCAACAGUUCGCGCAACUCUUUCCGCGCGUGUGGUUUGCCUCAGCCUUCAAAGGUGCCUUCGGGGAGACGCUGACGGUGCCGAACGCCAGGUGGCACCUCGACAACAACAUGGCGUGGCUGGACGUGGCCAGAGAGCAGCGCCACCUGUUCGCCGAGAUCCGCGGCCUCGUGCUGACCGGUUGGUCGCGUUACGACCAUUUGGCCGCUCUCUGCGAACUCCUGCCCGCAGCCGUCCCUUCGCUUGCCCUCUCGCUCAUCGCCAUCACUAGAGGGCGCUUCGACGCGGCGCACGUCUCCCAACACUUCGAUCACGUGAUGCGCUGUCCCGACGGCCAGCGCGCGCUCAGCGAAGACGAGUUGGACGCGGACUCGCAGUUGUUCCGCAGAGCGAGCGCGUGUGAGUUCGCGGGCGCAGACGUCUUCCGGCUGGUCGAGAGUCACGCGCAGGUCGUGAAGCGCGUCACCGACUACUUGUAUGACGUCACCGAACACAAGGCGUGGCUCACGCUCUACAACGUCAGACGCAAUCUCUCCAAUCCCUACCGCGUGGACGAAGGUCUUCAGGACUUUCAAUCGGUCUACUAUUCGCUGCAAUCGUUGAUGCGUUCUUCGUUCAACGCCUUGACGCAAGUCUUUCACCGCGAAACCGCGUUCGGUAAGAAUAAUACGGAAACGCCGUCCACUCACACCUCUCUCCGCUCUUCUGUCCGCAGAAUGGAUCGAACAGAACGUGUAUCCCUUAGUAUUACGAAUGGAACUCUUAAUGAACUCUUCGUUGGCUCUGAAGAGGGCGCAGUAUUGGCCGCGAAGACCGCUUCCCAUUCUCGCAGAUCUCGAGCGCCGUCUUUCGGACCAAAAGUCAAACUUUUGAAAGUGGAAGUGGCCACUCGCGAGCUCAUGCUCUCCAACGACCAGUUGGAACGCGUGUCCGCCCUCCUUCUCCAGGAGUUCAACGAAGGCCUGAAGCGCGAGACGAAUCCCAUCGCGAGCGUCAAGAUGUUCCCGACGUUCGUGCGCGACGUUCCCAACGGCAAAGAGAAGGGCCGCUUCCUCGCCCUCGACUUGGGCGGCACGAACUUCCGAGUGCUGCUCAUAGAGCUGGAGGGCGCCGACUUCAAGAUGGACAACCAGAUCUUCGCGAUCCCGCAGCACGUGAUGUUGGGUUCGGGCGAACAGCUCUUCGACCACAUCGCCGACUGCUUGGCCGACUUCAUGCGCCUGCGCGGUCUCAAGGACGUGAAGCUCCCGCUCGGCUUCACCUUCUCGUUCCCGUGCCGUCAGGAGGGGCUGACGCGCGCGCGUCUCGUGCAGUGGACGAAGGGCUUCGCGUGUAAGGGGGUCGAAGGUCAGGACGUGGUGGAGCUGUUGCGCGCGUCCAUUCGGAAGCGCGGCGUCGAGAUCGACGUCAUGGCCGUCGUCAACGACACCACCGGAACGCUCAUGUCGUGCGCGCACAAGAACCGCGAGUGUCGCGUGGGCGUCAUCGUGGGCACCGGCACCAACGCGUGCUACAUGGAGAGCGUGCCCAACGCGGAGCUCUUCGCGGACGAGUUCGCGGCGCCGACAGAUGGCGUGAUUGUGAACACAGAGUGGGGCGCGUUCGGCGACAACGGCGUCCUUGACUUCGUGCGCACGGAUUGGGACGACGAGGUGAACACGUAUUCGCUGAACAAAGGCAGACAGCUGUUCGAGAAGAUGAUCUCCGGCAUGUACAUGGGCGAGAUGGUGCGCUCGAUCGUGGCGUCGCUGACGCGCCAGGGACUGCUGUUCGAGGGGAAGGGCAGCGAGAAGCUGUUCACUCCGCACUGCUUCCAGUCGGCGUUCGUGUCGUGGAUCGAGAGCGAGCCCAAAGGCGUGUUCAUCCAGACGCGCAAAGCCAUGGCAGAGAUGGACCUGAGCCACGCCUCCGAGGACGACCUCUUCUCCGUGCAGAUGAUCUGCGAGCGCAUCUCCACGCGCGCCGCGCAUCUCGUGUCGGCCGCCAUCGCCACCGUCCUCAACAAGAUGCGCCGCCCGUUCACGGUUGUGGGCGUCGACGGCUCCGUCUACCGCUAUCACCCGCACUUCCACGACCUGAUGGCCGCGAAGACGGCGGAGUUGACGGAUCCCGCGUAUCGCUUCGAGAUGAUGCUGUCGGAGGACGGGUCGGGAAGGGGCGCCGCCCUCGUGGCCGCAGUGGCCGUCAGACAGAUCGAGGAGUUGCGCGCCAAAGGAUUAAUCGAUUAUUAGAUUUAUUUUAGAUUUAUUUUUAGUGUAAAUAAGAUUUAGAAAUAAAAUUCAAUUUUAACCCAAA